AUGAAAAGUGUUCUCGUUCUUGGAAGUGGUGGUGUUGGAGCAGUUACUGCUCUAGCUUUGCAAUCUAGCGGCGAGGCAGAUGUUACCCUCAUCGUUAGAACUGACUACGAGACGGUUAUGACUCGUGGGUACGAGUUCAAGUCUGUCGACUACGGUCAAGUGGAUGGUUGGCGCCCCAGCCGGGUUGUCAAGUCUGUUGACGAGGCUGUAGAGCAUGGACCCUAUGACUAUAUUGUUGUAUGCACCAAGUUUGUUCCUGAGGUGCAGAAGACAGAAGACAUGGUCCGUCCGUUCAUGCACAAGGGAGCGACUGUCGUUCUCGUUCAAAACGGUCUGGGCAACGAGGAGCCUGUCAUGAAGGCGUUCCCUGAUGGUUAUGUUCUUGGUGGUGUAUCCAUGAUUGGUUCGACCAAUUACGAUGGUCGCAUCAACCACAUCUCUCCUGACGAGGUCACGAUUGGAACUUACGACAAACGCCCUGAGGCUAUUGCAUCGGCCAAGGAGUAUGUUCGUCUUUACAGUUUGUCAAAAAGUAAGGGCAUUUUUACUGAGCAUCUUGCUAAAAAGCGUUGGAUUAAGCUGUUUUACAACGCUACAUACAACACAAUCGCUGCAGUGACUGGCCUAGAUACUGGCCGGCUGUAUUUCAGUGGCAUCAGUAAUAAUUUGGUCAAAGAGGCUAUGGCUGAAGUCCGUGCCAUUGCUGAAAAGGAGCUCGGAGAAAAGUUGGAUCCCGGUAUCGAAGCUUUCAUGCUCAAUGUCGAUGCCAACGAGUACUACGAACCAUCCAUGCUCGUCGAUGUAAGAAAGGGCCAGCCCAUGGAGCUGGAGGCCAUUCUGGGCAACCCGUUGCGUCUGGCUCAGAAACACAACAUUCCCGCACCUUUGCUUCAGGUCGUGUAUAUCAUGUUGCGAGGCCGCCAAAUGGCCCUUCUUGAAAAACGAGGACUUGUUGAUCUGCCUCCAUUGGGCUUCGACCUCAAAGAGCACAAGCCUGUAUAUGAUACUUUGCCCUGGACAGAAUAG